ACGUAGGCGGGGCCUAGGCUCCCAGGAUCCGCCGGCUCUUGGCCUGUGGGUGGUGGCCCUGGUAACGCCGGUAGGAGAGGAGAAUCGGACGCUUCCUGGGGAGCCCGCCAGCUUCCGCGAAAGGGAACCUCCCUCCGUGAAGAGGGGACCCUACAAGGGUAAGUGAAGUGAUGGAGCACAUUUGAUUUGGAGACAGAAGCCAGAAAGUCUGGUCUGUGCCUCACCACGUGCCAGCUCUGUGAUUCCAGGCAAAUGAGCUGCAUUUCUCAGACGUGGCUGGGGCUCUUUGUAGUCCCCAAAGGAUGGGACUUUAAGCCUUCUGAGAAGUGAACACCUAUAUAGAAGAGGAAGCGAGAACUGAAAGAAUGGAUUGGACACAUGUUCCUGUACCCUGAGAGCUUCAGCACAGUCCUCAGCAGAUAGAGACAUGAGAAAAAUACCAAAUAAUGGGAACCUGAAGAUGACAAAAGUGGCUUACCCUCUGGGGCUGUUCAUUUGCCUGUUCAUCUAUGUCGCCUAUAUCAAGUGGCACUGGGCCUCCGCCACCCAGGCCUUCUUCAGCAUCACUGAGGUAGCGUCUGGGGCCCGGAGGGGCCAGCAGGCUCAUAGUCCUCUGGGGACAGCUACACAUGGUCAUGAGGUUUUCUAUGGCAUCAUGUUUGACGCAGGAAGCACUGGCACCCGUGUGCACAUCUUCCAAUUCGCCCGGCAGCCUGGAGAAACUCCCACUUUGACCCAUGAGACCUUCAAAGCACUGAAGCCAGGUCUUUCUGCUUAUGCUGAUGAUGUUGAAAAGAGUACUUCGGGAAUUCAGGAAUUACUGGAUGUUGCUAAAAAAGACGUUCCUUUUGACUUCUGGAAGGCUACCCCCUUGGUUCUCAAGGCCACAGCUGGCUUACGUCUAUUACCAGGAGAAAAGGCUCAGAAGUUACUGCAAAAGGUGAAAGAAGUGUUUAAGGCAUCGCCUUUCCUUGUGGGAGAUGACUGUGUUUCCAUCAUGAAUGGAACGGAUGAAGGCGUUUCAGCGUGGAUCACCGUCAACUUCCUAACAGGCAGUUUGAAAACCCCAGGAAGGAGCAGUGUGGGCAUGCUGGAUUUGGGUGGAGGGUCCACUCAGAUCACCUUCCUUCCAAGAGUCGAGGACACCCUCCAGACCUCCCCGCCUGGCUACCUGACGUCACUCCAGAUGUUUAAUCGGACCUACAAGCUCUAUUCCUACAGCUACCUGGGCCUCGGAUUGAUGUCGGCACGGCUAGCAAUUCUGGGUGGCAUGGAGGGGAAACCUGCUGAGGAUGGAAAGGAGUUGGUUAGCCCUUGUUUGUCUCCAGGUUUCACAGGAGAGUGGCAACAUGCUGAAAUAACAUACAGAAUUUCAGGACAGAAGGCAGCAGUGAACCUCCAUGAGCUGUGUGCCAGCAGAGUGUCGGAAAUCCUUCGAAACAAAGUGCAUAGAACAGAAGAAGUGAAGGAUGUGGAUUUUUAUGCUUUUUCCUACUAUUAUGACCUUGCAUCAAAUGUUGGCCUCAUAGAUGUGGAGAAGGGAGGCAGCCUCGUCGUGGGAGACUUUGAUAUCGCAGCCAAGUAUGUGUGCAGGACAGCGGAGACCCAUCCUCCAGGCAACCCCUUUCUGUGCAUGGACCUCACCUACAUCAGCCUGCUGCUCCAAGAGUUUGGCUUCCCAGAGAACAAAGUGCUGAAGCUGACUCGGAAAAUCAACAAUGUUGAGACCAGCUGGGCUCUGGGGGCCAUUUUUCAUUACAUCGACUCCCUGAGAAGAAAGAAGAAUCCAGCCUCAUAGUGGCCAAGCUGCCCCAGCCAUCCUUACAGAGCGGCUCCAUCUCCAUGAGAACAGACCUGUGUGGAACGCCUUGAUGUGUUGGGAGGAAGCCACUGCUCGGGCUGCCACCCCUUUCCCUUUGGCCUUGCAGACCUGCCCCUGGACAGGCAGAGGGCUAGAACAUGACCAGGCCUAGUGUCUCCUCCUGCCUCAGCCCUAGGUGGGCAGUAAACCAGACAGGGCAAAGGGCACAUGUCAAGUUUAGUAUGACACAGGCACACCAUCCCCCAUCCCUCCCCUGUAUGCAGGGUUGGGUGACUGUAACAUGUUUCUGUGACAGGAGUCUUGUUUUGUCUCCCUGCCCCUGUCUGGUCCCUCCUCUCAUCCCCAGGGUGGACCUCCACCUUCUCCCCAGAGACUUGGUGGGGAGGUUUUACAGGCUGUCCUGGCUGCUUUCAGGGUGGGCCAAGUGGCAACCACCAUGUCCUCUGGAACAGUGAAUUGGGUGGACCUGAAUGCAUUGGCCUCCUCUUUGGUUAUGGACAUGCGAGGUCAUCCAGAGGUCUGUUUUCUCAGGUUCUUGGAUGGCUUGGGGCAAGCUGAUGAAGUUGGCCUUGUGAGUAGAAGAGGGCUGGGGGAAAUACCUCUGUGUGUUCCAGCUCUUCAGAGGAGGUCUGAAUGUGAGCAUGACCUGCUUACAAUAUUUAUGGCUGUGCUGUGUGAGUGACAUCUCUGUUGUGUGGUGCUGGGUGUUUGUGUAGCAGCUGUGUUCUGAGCCCCAGUGAAUGUAUUGCUACCAUGAGCCAUUUGCAGCUGAGCAGUGUUGAAGACACACACCAUCCCCCUGUGGGUCAGGUGGACUGCAAUCCCCAGAACUGCCUUCUUGAGGCUCUGCUGGGGUACAGGGCUAUGCCCAUUGUCUGGGGCCUCUGUAGGACACUGGCUCUGGGCCCUCUUGCAUCGGGACGUGAAGUCUGUGAGACAUAGGCCCUGGGGCCACAGUCAUUCUGCAGUGAAUGUAUGGUAUAUGGAAUAAGCUGAACCUCAUGUGUUCCACUCAAAAUAAAGGGUUUACAAGGGUU